CUUAAUUUGGAAUUCAAAAAUGAAAUAGUUAAUUGAAUAUCAUCAUCAUUAUAUCGUAUUUCAUUAUUUGAUUGUGUACUUUUUUAAGACAUCAUGGCUUCAUCAUCUGGUUCAAUGAUUCCCGGUCGUUCAGCAUUGAAAAAACGUCCUGCCGAUCCAAAAGCUGGCCGAUAUGAACGUAGUCGUGCACGGGAUGCUUAUAAACGACAACUAAACAUAUUUAAAGCUAAAUUUGAAGCCAGUCUUCGUGAAUAUGAUCGUCUAGAUUUUGAUGCUAAACAAGAGAUUAGAAUUCGUGCUAAACGUCAACGAGAAGUUUGUCUCAAUGAUUAUCGCCAAGGAUUACAAGGACUGGCUCGAUCAUCGUUCCGACGUACAUAUAAAGAUGUAUUUCUUGGCGAACGAGAAACGGCAAUGGAAUCAUAUGAUCCAAAUGUAUUGGAAUAUGAACUUCGUCUUACAUCGGAAAUGGACACUAUUAUCGAUAAUAUUCGAUUAUUAAGUGCAGACAAAUCAAAUCUAUCGAAAAUGGAUUGGUUUUCAAAUUUAGCUAGAGCGAAAUUUUCUUAUGAAUAUGAACUACAAAAUGAGAUCGAUCCAGAAGCGUUACGUGUACCAGAAGAAGAACCAACGACAUCAUGUGUCGAUGAAAAUAGUGAAUAUGUAUCACAACCAGAUUAUGAUGCCAUUAUUGCAUCAGAAAUAGAUCCCGAAGUAGCAUCCACUGUUGGUAGUUCAGGCUAUGUAUAUCGACCAUUUAAACAUCGUAAUCGUCAUAAUCUAUAUAGUGCCAAUGUUGAUGAACCUGAUCAGCCGGAAUAUCGUUAUGAUUGGCAACGAUUAUAUGAUUCAAAACCGGGACGUAGAACCAUACCAGAUUAUGAUACCGAAUCUGUAACCGAUCGUUAUGAUUAUGAACCAUUUCAGCCGUUCUGUGAUGAACCUAUGGGACUUCGUCGUAAUCGUUAUCCGGAUGUAUCAUUGGAUCCGGAAUGGCAAUCACAAAGUUCCGUAUAUGCAUAUCAUCGUCCACAACAACCUACACCUCGUUUUACACCCAAUCGUUUUGACACGAAUAUUGAUUCAAUUUGUCCAACAUAUGGCUAUGGAGAUGAUGAUGACAGGGAAACAAUUACUAGCCGAAGUAAUGGCAUGAUUGCAGGUAUCGAUUAUGAAUACAAACCAAUAAUACCAUCAUAUCUACGCAAUGGCAAUCGAUCAAAAGCGACUGGAUCAUCGAGAUUUAAUUAUGACCAACAAUUUAAUUAUGAUGAUGACAAUGAUGAACCAUCAACUACAUCAUCAUGGCAACCGGAACAAAAUAAUCGUUUGUUAUCAUCACAACGAAACCGACAAUCCUUAUCAAUGGAACCACAAUUCUCACCCACAUCAUCAGUAUCAUCAUCCGCUCAGCCUUCUCGAUCACAUGUCCGUUUUGAUGAUGAUGAUAAUCAACCAAUCAAAUAUGAUGAUGAUCAAUAGAUUGAUCAAUUUAACAUUUCUUAACUAACUAACCCGUUAAAAAUAGUCUGAUGAGGGACGAAUAAUUUUGUUUUUUUUGUAUACUAACUAUCAUUUCCUUUUGCAAUCGAAUAAAUCGAUUGGAACAUUUACGAAAUUUAUUUAUUUAUUUGAAUCCAAUCAUAUUAAUUCAAAAUUGAAAAUAAAAUCCAAGAAACGUUUGCAAAUAAUAAUAUUUUU